CUCUUUUGUUUCCUAUCGUAGGUGGGCCAGUGCAUGUCUACGGUCGGCCCACCUGAUGAACAGCCAGGAUCUCUGCACGUGUGCCGUAGUUCCUUUCUUCAAUCUCUCCGUCGCCCAAUUACCUCGGAACACUCUCUUUCCUUCAAUUUACAGCGACCUGUGUCUGCUGCUAGCGAAAAAUUCUUCCAAUUCGCGGAAGCCAAACGCUGCUCUCUCUCAUUCCGGCAAAAUCACAAACAGUUACGCUGCAAAGAAAUCUCCAAAUGGCGAACACAUUGCGCUCAUACUUGACGUGCAUAAGAAACACUUUGGAGGCUGCGAUGUGUCUGCAGAAUUUUCCUUGUCAAGAAGUUGAAAGACAUAACAAGCCAGAGGUUGAACUAAAGACCAGCCCGGAACUUUUGCUGAAUCCGGUUUUGAUAUGUCGAAAUGAAGCAGAAAAAUGCUUGAUAGAGACAUCUAUCAAUUCAAUUCGCAUUAGCAUCAAGGUAAAGCAGGCAGAUGAGCUUGAAAACAUACUAACUAAAAAAUUUCUUAGAUUUUUGUCGAUGAGGGCAGAGGCAUUCCAAGUUCUAAGGAGAAAGCCAGUACAGGGUUAUGAUAUUAGCUUUCUAAUCACGAACUACCAUUGCGAGGACAUGCAGAAGCAUAAGCUUAUAGAUUUUAUCAUGCAAUUUAUGGAGGACAUUGAUAAGGAGAUCAAUGAGUUGAAAUUGUCCGUGAAUACACGAGGGCGGCUUGUAGCAACAGAAUUUUUGAAGCAAUUCAUCUAAGAUGCAGAUAUGGCCUAUAACAACAUCCAAGGGAGGCUUUAUCUUUAUUGGGCAUGUAUGUUUGAGAAAAAGAAAGACAAAAAAAACUUUGCUUGUAUUUUGUUUAAAUGUAGGCCUGCUUGUAGAUCCAACCAAUAUUUCUUUGUAUC